AUGACACAAAGGGAAAGUAAUGAAUGCCGAUCAAAUCAAUUUUCUUUCAUUUUGAAGCAUUUUAUAUUUAAGCCGGAAAUACAUCAUUCCAUAAAGAAUAUCUCUUCGGUACAAUCAAUAACCGGAAAAGUAAUUCCGAUUGGAAAGAACAUUCAUGGAAGAAUUGUUAUAAACGAUGAAAAAUCAUUCGGUUCAUUAGUGUCGCUAAUAAGACCCCCUGGAACAAUAUCCACUGGCUCGUUUUAUAUCGCCCGACCAGUUGCCGUAUUUGUUCAUAUUCUACAAACAUUUCAUGGAAUUUUUGCAGACCAAAUUGUUCGAUAUCAUCUUAAUUUCUCUAUCAAUUUUGUUUGUAUCAACGAUUUUGACCUCUGUCACCAAGCAGUAAGCAGAUAG